AUGUUCUCACGCUCCGUAUUGCGGAGUCUCGUCUCCGACCUCCGAUGGACUGCUCCGUCAAUUUCGUCUGCAGCUCCCCUUCCGCAACGAGCCUGCCUGCACCAAACUGCUUUCCUUCGGACACCGCUCCAAGAAUCUCAGACUCAAUCACCUUUACCAAUCUCAGAGACACCAUUGAAUGCUACAUCGCAAGCACAAACCUCUGACGCGGCCAAGGCGCUCUCAUACGACUCAACCAUCUUUAACAACAUUACUCAAACAGACGACAUCCCAAUUUCCAAGCAACCCGUUGCGCCUACAUUUGACUCUCCCAUUCAAGUGACUAAGUCUCUCAUGUCGCAACUUCCCCACCUCGUCGGCCAGACACCACAUUAUGUUGUCGCUGAGCUGCACGCCCGGCCUUACCUUUUGACGGAAGGUGAUCAUCUUCGCUUGCCAUUCCUUAUGCCCAAGGUUAAGACCGGAGAUAUCUUGCGGCUCAAUCGGGCUACCGCUCUCGGAUCCCGUGAUUUUACUCUCAAGGGCGCAUCUCACAUUGAUGAGCGCCUAUUCGAGUGCCGGGUCCGAGUGAUCGGUACCGAAUCAGAGCCCCUGCGCAUCAAGGAGAAGACCAAGCGGAGACAGAGACACACAAAACAGGCCCGGAGCAAACACCGUUAUACAAUCAUGCGGGUAAUGGAAGUGCGGGUGAAGUCUCCCGAGGAGUUGUUGGAGGAGGGCGCGGUAGUGACUGAGGAUGCAGAGGACACCCCUCAAGUUGAGGCUCGGUCAUAA